AAAGUGAAAUUGGCCUAAAGCGAUUUCAGAGAAGAGAAAUCAGUAAACUCCGAGUGUGACUGAGAGAGAGAGAGAGAGAGAGCAAAGAGAAAGAAAGCAGUAACCUCCAUAAUCUGACUCCAAAAUGCGAUCCUCUGCCACUCUUCCCUUCACCCUCUUCACUCUCAUCCUCAUCCCCAUCCUCCCCCAUGCCCAGGGGCAUUCACUACUGUCGCCGUUUCCAUCAGCUCUCGAAACCCUCCAGAAACAACUAGGCUACAAUUUCAAGACCAUUAGUCUCCUUCGUCGCGCGAUGACCCACGCUUCAUUCUCCGAGGAGAACAACAAAGCAUUGAGCAUUUUGGGUGCUGCUGUCAUUGAAACAUCUGCUUCUUUUCACUUGAUUUCCAAGGACAUUGAUAUUUCUGCCAAAGAGUUUAACCGUAGAUUGUCCCAGGUCUCCAAUGUGGAAUCUUCCUGUGCUGUUGAUGGAGUGUAUUUGGGCUUGCACAAGGUGGUUCGAGUCUCGCCUAAGACCAAUUCCUCUGCCCCUGCUGUGGUUUGUGGCGCGUUCCGGGCAAUUUUUGGUGCUAUUGCUAUUGAUACUGGGAAAUCGGAUGAUGCCGGUAAUGUUUUCUGGACCAUUCAUGGUGUUGGUGAUGUUGGGGUUGCUGCAGCAUUGUGAUAUGUUAGUUUAAUUUUCAGUAGUCUUCUCCAUGUGUUUGAUGCCUAAGAUACUUCUUUAUGACUCGCGUAUUAGUUGUUUAUAGUCUCUAGUAUGUAUAAUUAACUGUUUUAGUACUUGACCACUGGUUGUGAAGCAGUGAAUCGCGAUAUAUGAUGCAGUAGUACUUCUGUCUGUUUUACAA